CACCGCAUCUCUUAUAGAGGCAUGGAGCCGCGGAAUAUGAACGUCGCUUUAAGCGCGAGUACGAUAUUGAGAGCGUGUGCCUCGACGAGUAACGAAGCCGAGAGAUUGCGAAGCCUCCAGGACGACAAGCCCUCCAAGUUAACGAUCGGGGCGUUUUUCGAGUUCAUGAGAACCGCGUAUCAGGUCAACGACAACUGCGAGGGCCUGGCGACGAUACUGAGCGCCAACAGCGAGAUCGACUGGCAGGAGCUGGCGAGGAUCAACUUGGACCUGGAGACGGCCGGCGGUCCUCAAGAGCGGCGAGACAAGGGCGACGAUUCUUCCACGCAGGCGUUGCUGACGCGGACGGCGAGUGGCAAGGAGGCGGGUUUGUGUGCUUCGGCGAGCGCGAUUAGCUCGCAGUCCUCUGCGGUAUCCUGCAACAGUAAUAUCUCUGACGCGUGCAAUAAAAAUGACUCCACGAGGGAGUCCGCCGGCGUGGAAAGGUCCUCCGAUCAACGUCCGGGGGACGGUGUUAAAGAGACAAGUCAGUCGUCGAGCGACCAAGCCCAGAAUGAAAAGGGCAGGGUGUCGCAGAAGGCGCAUUUGGAGGAGAGCGAGCAUGGCUUGGCGAGAGUCAUGAAGGAAAAUCUGAGGGAUAUCUUGCACGAGGGAUUACUGGACUCCGUUUUGCCGUACAUGCUCCCGAAGUCCGCCCUGUCGCAGCCGGUCAUUAAGAAGUCCGCCGCUGCCGCGGAUGCUAAGAAGGCCUCUUCCUUGAACAGCGUGAUCGAAAGCAAGGCCUCGACUCAUAAGGACAGGGACAAAGAGAAGAGUAAGACGAGCAAGAAAUUGUCGGAGAGUGAGGUGGAGAUUCACGUAUGCGACGAGGACAAAAAUAUCAGGAAGAACUUUCGAUGCCCGCAGAAGCUUCUCAUACAGAAGAUGUGUUACUUUGCUGACGUCACAGCGGGGCAGAAACUCGACGAGAUAGACAUAUCGGUGCACUGCGACGUGGUGAUUUUCGACUGGCUGAUGAGAUGGGUGAAGAAGGACAUCAUAAAGAAAUCGGAGUGGCCGGUUUUGGAGGCGAACAAUGUCGUCCCGAUUAUGGUGUCCGCUUGUUUUCUACAAAUGGAACCGCUUUUGGACAAUUGCCUGCAGUACUGUCACAACAAUAUGUCAGAUAUCUUGAAAACGUCAACGAUCUUAACGUGUCUGGACGACAAUCUUCUUACAAGAUUGGUCGAGUUGUAUACUAACGAGGACGUUGAAAUGCUAAAAGACAAGAAGGAUAAAAUUCAGAGUCGUCUGUUCUGUAAGUUAAUCACGUCUCUAGUCGAGGCUGCUCCAGAUAACAAAAGGGGACACUAUAGUUCAUUGGCUAUGAUGUUUAGAUGUGGGAAAUGUGGCAAGAAUGUUAUACAGUCGAUUUCCGACUUUGUGCCUUGCAUUCCGAGCGCAAUGAGAAUCGAUAAUAAGGGAGCUGUUCACAGCAAACAUGUCAGAGAUUUAACUUGGACGUUGAACGAUUACAUCGUCGCCUUGCGAUCGGAGUUGCGCUCUUGGCGCAAAGUGUAUUGGAGAUUGUGGGGAGACUGCCAUUUCUUGUUCUGUCGACAGUGCAACGUGUAUUUCCCGAUACAUCAGAUGGGUUGGUGCUGUUAUCAUCCGGAACCUGCGCAAUUCUUCGUGAACGAGCAACAAAGGCCUAUGCCCUUCCCGCUGGGAAGGUACCCGUGUUGCAGUCAAUCUGCCUACAGAUUUGAAGCUUUGCCAAAUCAAGGUGGCUGCAGAUAUAAGGAGCACGUACCAGAUGUAAGGGGCGAGAAGGAAUUGAGUGUGUUAAAUAUUCUGACGGCACACAAAGAAGUGAUAACUUUGGAAGCACCCCAGCUCUUUUUCCCAGAAAAAAUUACACGACUGGUGACACGCGAUCCGUCUCUUCGCCCGGGCAAAUUAGUGUGCAAGGAUGCCAUGUGGUGGAACGGCAUAGAGCUCGUACCACAGAGACCGCGACUUGGUCUGCUUGGAAAGAUCUGGGGAGGUUCGGGACUUCGCCGAUUGCUCCAAGCGCAAGAUUCACAAAAGUCCCUACAGAAGCUUUAUCGGCGUAUUUCCGUAACCACCGACGUUUCGUCUCCUACUUCCUCGAUUACAGACGAGGACGACGAAGAUGACGGCGGGACCGUGUACGAGGACAGCAGUGUGGACGACGAAUCUUAUUACAGCGAAGAAUCCAAUACAUUAUGCGCGCUGAAGCCGAUAGUUAAAGCAAAACAUCAGAAUAGUCACAAGAGCAACGGCAGGUGCUGGAGCGGAAAUUUGAAUGUAAGACACAAUCAAGACAAUCAGAGAGAUUUUGAGGAAAGAGCCGCGGCGCAAAUGAUAGCUCUUCUGACGAAGAGAACGGUCACGGAGAACUUGCUUUCGAAAUUUAAUAACAAGCAACACGGCAGUAAAACUAAGCAGCCUGUUGGUGGAACGUAUGUAAAACUAGAAGCAGAGUUUCGCGAACGAUUGGCCCAGUCUUGUAAAUACAAAAACCCUCUAGUAGGAAAGACUCGUAUCAAAUCAAAUAAAUCUUGAUUUGUACGUAGACACGGUUGAAGAUUCGUCUAAAGCACAAUAAUGUUGAACAAAUUUUCUUGUGAUUUUAUACAGAAACAAAGAAUAUACUGCCGUAACUCUUGCGCAUCAAUUAAUUAAACAAGAAAUAGGGUAAGUAAUUUUAACUUUUUUUUCAAUUAGAAUGCUUUAUUACAAAAUUGAAUAAAUGUUAUAAAAAAAAAGUUGCAUAGUUGAUUUCUGUUCGUAUUAUAUUACUUUGUAUAAAUUAAUAAGGUCGAUUUAUCGACGAUGUGUCAUUUCGUAAUAAAGAAUUUGUACUUAA